AUGACUUUGUUGACGAAUGUUUCCACAAAUUCUACAAUCGAUUCGACGACUUGGCUUCUACAAUUUUCCUUAUGGCCUUUGCGACUCUUCUGUCCUCUUCUAGUCGUUCUCUGUCCUGUGGCCAACUGGAUCUGUGUGUCGAUAUUUCAAUCGUCGAUCUAUAGUCGUUCAUCAUCGAAAUGGUAUUUCAUCUUCAUCGCUAUUUUUGAUACGAUCUAUGUCCUUGUCACAGCUCCAUUGAUUUUUUUAUUAACAUUGGAAAUCUACAUUUUAAACUGGAGUAUUAUCUGCUGUAAAAUAAUUCUUUUCGUCAAUUAUCUAUCAUGUCAAAUAUCAGCGGGACUUUUAGCAUGUCUGUCUAUCGAUCGUCUGCUAGCAACAACCUGCUUAUUUCUCUAUCGUUACAAUUGCACAGCUAAUGUUUCGAAAUAUGUAUGUUUACUUGUUAUUUUGAUGUUAUCAUUGAUCAACAGUCACUAUCUAAUCGGUUAUACGAUCGAUAAGAAUGGAUUUUGUACAGCGAAAGCGUACCCGUGGUAUGAAAAGAUCUAUCCACAGUUGAAUGUCGUUUAUUUGUUAUCGUAUUCGAUAAUACCAUUUACAAUUAUAACAAUUUGUAAUUUAUUUAUCGUUAUCAGUGUCUGUCAAAAUAAAUCGGCUAUGAAGAAGAAAUAUUAUGUAAAAAAGCCGUCGAUGAUUAUAAAUAACCCGAUGGAACAAACGCUCACUAAUUUACCUUCAUGUUAUCAAGCAACAGUAUAUGAAAAGAAGCGAGAUUCACAAUUGAAUGAAAUGAGACAUCAGGUGUCUGUCACAAAUAAUACAAGUCAAGUUGAAAAUAAAAUUCUUCAGUCAGAUCUAGAUGAAUGUGAUAACGUUCCAUCUGAAAGUCUCAUGCCGGACCAAGAAGAAACGCUCAAUCCAAUUGAGCUCCGACCAGUAACAAUCCAGCAAUCAAUCUCGUCUGUUGAGCACAAACGUUGGUUUCUGAGUCGAUCCACCUCAUCAUCCCAAGCUUAUCCUCCGAGACUCGUUUCAUAUUCUGUACGUUGCCGAACUGCAUGUCAACAAUUAUGA